AAGUGACGAAAUGCAGCUCCUUCACGAUUAUAGGCAUCCCACCCUCCAAACCCGCACACACUCACACACACUGUCUUUUAUUGUGUUCCGUCUCGUUCUCUCUUAGUCUCAGGCAUCAUUGUCAAUGAUCAUUGAUAAUUGUACUUGUACCUACCUAGUAGUGCAACAGCCUUAAUAUUUAUUGCCAACCCCGUCUCGCAAAGAUGGGAGAUGAGUCUCGAUGCCUGAUUGUAGGAGUAACGUUUAUCCCUGUGUAAGUCUUUAACCAGAGUAAGUAGGUUGACUCGUAAUCGUAUUGAUAUCUUCCAUGUCUGUAUCUAUUUUGUGGCCGUACCUCUACACUGAAUGGCCUGGUAAAUAGACGCGAAACGCUAUACAAGAGGCACCAUGACAUGACGUGACCUUUUCUUUAUAGUUAUAAAUCCUGGACUUUAAUAUAAUUAAAUGACCCUAGCCAUUCUUCCCACUCAUAUUUUUCAUCUUGUUAACAAAAAAGUAUUGGAAGUUUUUGCUCUUGCACCUCCCGCAGACGAACCCGACCUCCUGAAGUGUGCCUGAAGACAUCCCUUGAAGACGUCCCUUCUGCUGUGUGCCGGAAGGCCGUCUGAGGUGUACAGCCUGAAGUGGUGCCUAAACCUAAGCUGGUAGCCACGAACCCUAAACCCAUGGGUGGCGCGUGUGGAAAAUCUUCGAGGUCGGCGCAGGCUGUAGCGCCUGAAGCAAACAAGACAGUAGAAGCCCAACCUGCAGCAAAGACUCGGCUACCGCCAGCAGUAGAUGUGUCACAAAAUGACUCGUCUACUUCACCAGUGGGGCCAUCCUCUCCAGGAAGUGGCAGCGGAAUCUGGGGAUUUCCAGUGCCGACAAUAGUAGUCACGCCGGCUCAAAAUCAAAUGGGAGCGCCUCCGGUAGCACUGAGCCAUCCUCGAGCAAUAUGCCGGGACUACAGAGUCGAGCCACCAUCAGACUACGGUAGUAAGUUGACUUAGAGCAGUAGUUGACUUAGAGCUGUUGCAUUUUUUUAUUGUUGCUGCCUCACUCUUUUUGUUACUGUUGCACUUUUUCUGAUUCUAUCAAUCUCCCCGUUUACUUACGUACGAAAAUAGUUUCAUAGUUCCACCUCACCUCCACCACAUCUACAGCCACGGAAGAGGGUAUCGCGUUUCAAGGGAUUGAAGCGGCAGCAGCGGACGCACCAAGAGAUAUCAAUGACACGCUGUUGAAGAAGUUUCAUUCGGCCAUUCGGUGGGGAAAGCCACUCUCAGAUAUUGCCGAACUCUUAGACGCCACACCAGCACUGCUAGAGGCAAGAGGUGAAUACUUCAUGACACAGAAUAGUUGAUGUACUUGCUAGAAGUUGGCUCACUUUUAUUGACGGUAGGGCCAGACUUCGGCUAAGACCAAAGCACAUAACUUGAGUCCACUUUUAUACCUAGCCAGAGGCUUCUUUUAUUGACUUGUCCCGCAAGACGUUACUCUCAGAACCUACUAAUAACUCUCGCUCACGGCCUACGAAUCUUCAUCAAAACAGAUCCCGGCAACGGCAAUCGGGCGAUUCAUAUAGCAGCUCAGAAUGGCCUUUCCGAGCAUACGAAGUUCUUCCUUCAGCGUGGUUGCAAGGUGAAUGCUCAGAAUAACAAAGGAAACACGGCAUUGCAUAUGUACUAUUUUACUUAUACAAGAACUUUGUGCUGGAAUUUUUUUUGUGACACGGCAUUGCAUAUGUACUAUUUUUCUUAUACAAGAACUUUGUGCUGGAAUUUUUUUUGUGACACGGCAUUGCGUAUGUGCUAUUUUCAUUAUCACCAUAG